UGUAGUAAAUAAAUUACAUUAGUACUAACUUGUUACUUAUAUAUCUGUAUGAAAAUCUAAAGUUCAUUCGAACAUAAUAUUUUUGCACAAAAUGGAUCCCAAAGAUAGUAGUGAACAUUUGGUAGCCUUAAAGGUGAUGAGGCUUACAAAACCAGCUCUGAUAAGUCCGAAAAUCGUGACAUGUGAUUCAAAAGAUUUGCCAGGUAACAUAUUCAAUAACUUCCUCAAAGAUGAUGCUACUGCAGUUACCCAAAUGGAGACACUGGCAGCUGGUCAAUUCCUAUUGUUACCGCAGAGUUUCGGUAACAUUUAUUUAGGUGAAACAUUUUCUUGUUACGUUUGUGUACAUAAUGAAACCAAUCAACCUGUUCAAAGUGUCUCAAUUAAGGCAGAUCUGCAGACAAACUCCCAAAGGAUACCUCUCACAACCCAACAAAGUCAGACUCCCUCUAUGCUUGAUGUAGACGACACACUUAGCGAUGUUAUACACCAUGAAGUGAAGGAUUUGGGCACACACAUCCUAGUUUGUGAAGUAACCUACAUGUCAAAUUACAACACCCUAGCCUCAUUUAGAAAGUUCUUCAAAUUUGAAGUAAUGAAACCACUUGAUGUCAAGACCAAGUUUUACAAUGCUGAAUCAGAUGAUGUUUACCUAGAAGCACAAGUUCAGAACAUCACAUCUGGGCCCAUCACCCUUGAUCAAGUCUCACUGGAGAGCUCACAGCAAUUCACCGUAAAAUCCUUGAAUGAGGAUGAAAAUGGAGAUUCUGUAUUUGGUGAUGUCACAUUAUUGCAACCUCAAGAAAGUUGUCAAUACCUGUAUUGCCUGACUCCAAGGGAAAGCAUUGCUAAAGAAAUAAAGCUUUUAGCUUUAGCAAAGAAUAUUGGCAAACUAGACAUUGUAUGGAGAUCAAACUUGGGAGAGAAAGGAAGAUUGCAAACUAGUCAACUUCAAAGAGUUACUCCUGAUUAUGGGGACAUAAGGUUAACUUACGAAAGCUUGCCAAGCAAAGUUGCAGUUGAUGAGCCUUUCAAUUUUAAAUGUAAGAUAGUCAAUGCCAGUGACAGGACUUUAGACCUGAUUCUGAAGUUGCGGUCCUAUACGGACUCAAGUCUGCUGUGGUGUGGUAUUUCUAACAGGAAACUGGGCCUGCUGGAACCAGGCAAGGCAGUGCUGGUGGACCUCACUGCGCUGCCCAUGAAUACCGGUCUGCACAACAUCACUGGAGUAGCUUUAGUAGACUUGUUUUUGAAAAGAACAUAUAACUAUGAUGAUUUGGCAACUGUAUUUGUAUUUUGAGCACAUUAUGUUUGUAAAUAUUUUCAAUGCUGCUACAUA